ACGUUUGAGGGAGUUCACGUCUCUGAGAUGCUUGUUUUUAAACUUGAUGCAUUACAUGUUUCUUCUGUAUGACUGUUUGAGGAAAGGGGUUCUGUAGCUGGAAUGAAUGUCUUGUUUUGUUCAGCAAGCAAGAUUAGAAAAACAUUACUUUGUGAAAACGCCAGUUUCUCAUUCACUAGGAACACUGCAAAAGGGUUUUGGAUUUAACUGACACAAAAAUCAGUGUUCUCAAGAAGGACUAGUGAUGUUUACUUCCAUCUGGUCCAACUGGUUUGUGAUAGGGGUGUAUCUUCAGUGUCUCUUCUCAUUUCACUUGGCAUUGGAAGAUACCAACGGAACGACCGAUGUCAUUACCACAAAGUACGCUUCAGAUGACGGGGUUUUACCUUUAGAGGAAUACUGGAGCGUUGGAGGGUACGCUAUUCCAAUCACUGGCAACAUUACCAUGAAAGAUGCUACCUGCCAGUUAGGCCAGACAGCUUACCUGCACUGUGUUGUCGACAAUCUUGGAGAUAAAACGGUCUCUUGGAUUCGAAGAAAAGAUUUUCAUGUUUUGACUGUUGGCUCAGAUACGUAUAUCGCAGACGACCGUUUUCAAGCCGUCCUUAUCCAGGCUGCCAAGGAUUGGGUGUUACAGAUUAAGUUUAUUCAGCUGAGUGAUGCUGGCUUGUAUGAAUGUCAAAUCAGCUCCGACCCGAAAAUCAGUCACUUCUUUAAUCUCACUGUUCUAGUGGCAGAGACUACGAUAGAGGGUGAAGCUAUCCGCUACGUCAAGACAAAAAGCUCCAUUAACUUGACUUGUGUAAUCAGCAACAGCCCUGAACCCCCUGUAUUUGUUUUCUGGUACCACAAUCAGCGGAUGAUCAACUACGACUCCAGUCGGGGAAAGAUUUCUGUAGAGAAGAACAGCGAAGACACGGCCAUUAGCACACUCUACAUUAAAGACGCUGAACCAACAGACAGUGGAAAUUACACGUGCGGCCCUUCCAAUGCUGGACCAACCAGCGUAUAUGUUCAUGUGUUGAACGGUGAAAAAUCUGCGGCCAUGCAGCACGAUACCAGCUCCUCUGCAUCCAGCAGUUCUGACACUACAACUUUGUUGGUAAAGUGUAUCUUCGUACUUCUUGUGGUGAGUUUUGUAAGAAGAUGACCUCCAGAACGACAGUUCUUUCACACGUUGUUGUUUUUUUAUGUUGUUAAUUCGACACUACUUCGUAUCCCUGGGCUGUGCUCAAUCUCUUCCGAGACGGAGGAACAAACUAGCAAAUAUAUGUGUCUUCAUUCUGAAACCUUACUAUUACGUAUACUUUGUGGAAUAAAACUGUUAUAAAAAUCUACAAACUCGCACUAAUCCUCAUAAGAAAAACGUUUCACCAAAUUACACAGAUAAACUAAUACACACGGGAGAAACAAUAAAAUUCAGAAAACUACAGUUUGGUGAUGUUACUUGCUAUGACCUGGCAGAGUUACUGUGAGUAUAUUCCACCGACUGGAGAGUUAGUGGAGAACAGAUUUCAUCACAGAAAGUUAUUUGGAUUAAAAAACUGGAUGAAUUAGAAAGUUGUUGGAUUUAAGUCUAUUAUCAAAUACAUGUAGUUAACAAAUGAUGGAAACCUGUAGUGUGCCGUAUUAAGUACAGUAUAGAAAAGUGAAUUACUUUAUAUCUUAAUGUUUAUGUGUAUUCCUGACUGAUGGCUAGAUAUUUUCAACAUUCCAAAAUGUCUAAGCAUAUGAAACUUGCCUCUUUAGCCUACUAAAUGUUAAGUAAGUUAAUUUUCAUAUUUGAGCUUCAAAACAUAUUUAUCAACGCACCUGUUGUUAAAUAAAUAACUAUAUAUAUAUAUAUAUAUAUAUAUAACUUCAUUUUGCUAUAGAACUUCAAAACAAAGUGUUUAAUUUUUUCUCAGAGAACAAAGAAGUUGACUCUCAAGUUUGAAUUAAUAUACAUUCCUUAGUCAACUUGUUGUGAAACGAGCACAAACAUUCGCUCUUCUUUAUUUGUUUCUUGGUAGCUGAGCAGAAAACCGCACAAUGGUAUAUUUGUACUGUGCGAACGGCAAGGUUCGAUCCCCGAAUUUUACAUUUAUAAUUCUGAAACUCAUAGAACUGAGACAAGAGAGAGAAAAACCUUUAUUUUGAGUAAACCUAAAACAUUUUUGGCAACUAGCUAGGUAAAAUUAAAACUAGAAUUUAAUUUAUAUAUUUAAGCUUAAAAACAAUUAUUGCUAAGCCGACUGUCAAAGACUGAGGCUCAGCAUGGCUCGGUGGUUUGUUUCUCGUUGCCGUAAAAUCGUGCUCCGUAACUUGAGAGUCAUAUAUGUGUGACGGUCAAAUCCCACUAUUUGAUUAAAGUAGCCGAAUAUUUGGAAACGAGUUAUCUUGACUAACUGCCUUCUCUCUAGGCUAUCAGCUAAAACUUAUGGACGUGUGGUCCUACUCAAUUAUCUCAAACAAUCAAAUAAAGUAAACAUUGGCCAAGCGUUAUUUAAUGUUAAACCUAAAGAUAUUGUUUGCCAAUCAACCAGCUGCAACACACAGGUAAAACUUUUUUUUUUCAUGUUUAAAAGUAUUAAUUAACUGAUUAUUAAGCAUUUAUAAUGGUUCUUUUUGUGUCAAAAAUAUAAGAAAAAGCCUUCGUUGUCCAACUAUUUGUUAAAUAUAGAGAAUCAAUGAAUUUUCUGUAGUUCAGCGUGAAGAAAUAAUGUUCCAAAACUAAUCUUUGAACCAUGUAAUUUCUGUACGUCAAAAUCAAAACAGACUUUUAGGUAAUCGCAAAAAAAAAGACGCAAAAAAUCUUGUGUUCGUUUUUUUUACGUACCUUAGUUUUCAACGACAUUUAUGUUAUAUACAUAAGCAUAUAAAUAUAUAAGAUAAGUAUUUACAUCUCUGAUAUUUAUUUGUAUGAAAAUACAAAACUCUGUAAUGCAUGAACUUCAUCCGCUUGCAAACCGCUUUUAAGCUGUGAGUGGAUUUAUGCUUGGUUUAUUUGUCUGUGAUAUGUCAACUGACUGAGGAAAUAAAUACAUUUUGGUGAGAA